UAGCUACAAGACACCGACAAAGCCGUAGUCAGAGUAGUUUUUGAAUUUGCUCAGACUCGCCUGAAUUUGACUCCGACAAAUGGAUUGUUGUACGACAUAAUUUAAAGUGCGCACGGAGGUUUCCUGGAUAUAAACAAUCCAACAGAAGCUACAUGACACUGACAUGAGUGGCACAACUCAGAGGAAAAAACGGGUUGGUGAUGCUUGCUCAAGACCUGGGUCCAAGAGGAGUAGACGCAACACCGACAGCAUGACAUCUGAAGAACCUUCAGAGACAAUUGAUGUUGAGAAUGACCGACUUCGUGGUGAAGAGGUCGUGGACCUAACCAGCGAAACCCCUGAAACAUCGGUGGUUGACCUCACAAAUGCUGACUGUGUGGUGCUGGUGGAUGAAGGUCCACGGAGCCAUCACAGCAUAGCCACUGAAGGCUAUGUUUUAAUCAGUGAUGAAGAAGAGACCCCAGUCACCACUACAUCUCUCCGAGCGAACUCUAGAUUAAGGUCUACAACAGGUGAAGUGAGUUGUCAGGUAUGCUUCAGUACAUAUGCUGAGAUUGUGCAGAGGGGCAGAGGAAUGGUGUCUACUCUGUGUGGUCACAUGUUCUGUAAGGAAUGCCUGUGUGAAUCCCUUGACCGGACCCACGCCUGCCCAAAGUGCCAAACCAAGCUGACACGCAAACAGUACCAUCCCAUCUAUUUCUGACUUGUGUAAGAGGAGGAGGAGGAUGUGCAUAUAUCUGUAAAUAUGUUUUACCCCACACUUGCCACCACAACACACACACACACACAUGCACAAAACCAGGAAGCAAUACCUUGUCUGGAGGAAAGAAAGUCACUAUAAUUGGUCAUCUUGUCUUUUCCUUUAGUAGGCAAGUUUGAAAACCCAGCUGGUGUGCGUGGCUUGUGCAUUUGCUUUUUCAGAACACACCAUGUGUUGUUCUGUGUGUUGUUAAUUGUUUUGCAUUUCUGUGAUUAUUUUUGUGUUUAUUUAUAUUUGAUGAUUUCUAUUAAAAAAUUAAAUAUAGUUGUAUUAAUGAAAAACAUACAUGAGAAUUAAACAUUCUUAAAAUUCA